GCCGCCAUUUUUGCGUGGUGCAACAACGCGUCAGUUUAAAUUCUGUUUUAGCUACAAGAUUGCGGACUAGAUAUGUUAGCUAUUUUAGGUUAGCUGUCUGGCUAAUCCCGUAAAAUGACAACCAAGAAGACGCGUUCUGUGCCUCCCAGUAAUGAUAGCUGGGUCGUCAUCGCUGCAGACUCGGCCCUCGAGUCAACGAAGACGCAUGACAGCGAACCGACGUUCGUUAAACUCAGGAAUCCGGCAACAGGUACCGCUUCUCAGUACCUGUUUAGUGGCGGAGACGUGCGGGUAUACGAGAUGAAGGCGUUUACCGAAGACUGCCGCUCAUGGUUUAUCGGCCAAACAGUACAGAGAGAUGGCAAACUGCUGUAUUUAACUCCUGUUGAUCCAAUCUUUUUGCUGUUGCCAUACAUGCAGAGUGAUGGAGUGGAGGGGAAGUUCCAGCCACUGCAGCAGAUGGUGAUGGAUGAACAUUAUCCAGGAUGCAUGCGGUUGCUAAAGUGCACCCAGGCUCUAGACUCUCUCCGUUAUGUGACAGAUGAGAAAAUGAUGGACAAUUUGAAGUUCCAUCGAUAUAAUCACGAGAAGACCAUGGAAUGGCUGAAGAAAAAGGUUUGGAAUACAGUGACAGCACUCAGAAACAGUGACAUUUCUGUAGGUGGAGGAGUGAAGUCCACCACAUAUGUCCGAGUUAAACAGGAAACUCUGGCCACUGAAGAAGACUACCUACGUUAUGCUCAUGGACUCAUCUCUGUGUAUAUUAGUGAGGAGCUAAGCAAAGACCUGCUCAAGCAUUUGCAGUUGCCUGAAAUAACCAGCCCUAAAGAAGUAGAGCCUCCUUCAAAGAAAAGGAAACUAUCAGAUAAACCAGUGGAGGCGGGAGAGGACUACACUAAAUUCAACAGUGCUGACUUCGUCCGAAAACCUCCUAAGAAGAUGACAGCAGCUCAGAAAACUCUGGCCAAAGUGGACAAAACAGGCAUGAAGAGCAUGUCUGCUUUCUUUAGCCCCAAAGUGAAACAGGAGAAGAAAUGAGUGUGUGCGCACGCGCAUAUGUUUUUAGUUAAUAAAGUUUUUUUUAAAAAUCAUGCAUUUAUUCUCACAUCUUUUUAAUGUUGUGGUGUAUGUCAAGUUUCAUUUAGACACAGAGCUUUUGUUUAGCUUCUGUGUCUCUUCCAGAAACCACAGGUAUUUUCAUGUGCUGAAAGUAUUUUUUGCUACAUCCUAAAGCUUGUUUCAAUUUAAGAUUAAUAUUAAACAUAAAAUACAGGUUAGUCCACAGAUUGGAACAGGUUGUUGUAAAUGAAUCUAGGUAUUGUCAUUUUAGUGUUUUAAAUGCCUUCAGGAGCAUUGACUGACUACUGUAGGACUAAAUGGUUUAAUGGUUUUAGCCUCGCUUUUGGUUAUUUGGUUGAAAUAAUAUCUUAAAUUGCUUAAUUUAAGAUAUUCUGAACAAUAAACAAACAUCUGGUUUGCUAGCAUAGAGAGGUCUUGUGUUGUAUUUUGAGUACAUGGUUUUAUUUGAUGCCAAUGUAAAGUGUUUCUAAUUGUAAUACAUAAUGCAUACAGCAAUCAGUAAUGUUGGCCAAAGCUAUAUAAAACCAUCUUCAUUUAUGCAUUGUUAAAACAUCUGCCACCUACUUAUUAGUUUCACUGUCUGUUAGCGGUUUCAUUUUUCUUAAGAAAUGGGAACUAGAUUAGUGAUGUGCAUCUGUUUCUUCUAGUGAAUUUUA